AUAAUACUAUUUCAAGCUUUAUUAGUACUCAAAAGCUUUUUAAGUUUAUUUAUAUCUGCCCUAAUAGCAUCCAAUACAAAUAGUACAUAGAAAUAAUUAAAUAUAUAUUAUACACAUCUAUACACACACAAAAGCACACGCAGAUUCCUGAGUUUGACCAAUAUAUAUAUUAUACACACACACACACACACACCAAACAACCUCAGCUUCUCCAAAUUAAAAUCCAAGAAUGGAGGACAACAUUAAUUCAGAAGGAGCCAGCUCAUCGUCGUCAACAACGACGGACAACAUGCUUCUUCCGAUAGCAAACGUCGGCAGAAUAAUGAAGCAGAUUCUUCCAUCCAAUGCAAAGAUCUCGAAAGAAGCCAAAGAGACUAUGCAGGAAUGUGUGUCCGAGUUCAUCGGAUUCGUGACGAGCGAAGCCUCCGAGAAGUGCCGAAACGAGAGGCGAAAAACGGUCAACGGCGAAGAUAUUUGCUCGGCUCUCCAAACUCUAGGGUUUGACGAUUAUGGUGGAGCUUUGAAGAGGUACUUGAGUAGGUAUAGAGAGAUUGAAGGUGAUAGGGUUGUUAUUAAUCAAAAUAAGCCUAGUGGUAAUAAUAAUAAUAAUAAUAAUAUUUUGCAAGAAGAUUUCUUGCUAUAUACAAGCACUAAUAAAACACCUAAUAAUGAUAAUUUGUUUGAUUGAGAAAAAAGUUGUU